CACACUGGCUGUGAGGUCUCUUUCCGAUCCUCUGCCAGCCCCAGGGGGACCAACAUGGCCCAAGAGCGUCCCAGUCCCGCCUUGGAGCCCGAGCACGUCCAGCAGCUGCUCUUCUCCUGCCGGGAGGCCAAGAAGUCCGCCUACUGCCCCUACAGUCGCUUCCCGGUGGGGGCGGCCCUCCUCACCGGGGACGGGAGGAUUUUCUCCGGGUGCAACAUAGAAAAUGCCUGCUACCCGCUGGGCGUCUGUGCUGAACGGACCGCCAUCCAGAAGGCCAUCUCAGAAGGAUACAAAGAGUUCAGGGCAAUUGCCAUCGCCAGUGAUCUGCAAGAUGAUUUUAUUUCGCCAUGCGGGGCCUGCAGGCAAGUCAUGAGAGAGUUUGGCACCAACUGGGCCGUCUACAUGACCAAGCCGGAUGGCACAUACGUUGUCAGGACCAUCCAGGAGCUGCUACCGGCCUCCUUUGGGCCCGAGGACCUGCAGAAGAUCCAGUGAAAGGUG